CUCUUUCCUCCGCGGCCCCCGCCGCACUCGGGGGGAGGCAGGAGGCGGUGGGAGCUGCGGCGGGAGCGCGGAACGGGUCGGCACCCUGCCAAGAGAACUGGCCGGGCUUCCCGAAAACGGAGGGAAAUUCCCUGCCCUCUCCAUCUGGGAAGAGGCACCGCCUUGCCGGCGGGAGGGACGUCCGAGCCCAGGCGCUCCGUAGCUCUUCCCAGCAGUGACGCGCGUCCCGCUGGCCACCAGGUAGGGAGCAGCCUCACCCCGCUCCUGAGGGAGCUGCUCGGCGGCAUCAGGCACCCCUCGGCUCGGCGGCUGCAGCCCACCCUCCCGCAGCUCUUUCGAGCUCCGCCCCAACAGCACCCAUCACUUGCUGUAGAAUCCAUCGCGUUUUAUGAUCCACCACUCUUCUCUGCUUUCAAGAUGUCACUGCUUCACUACAGCAUAGAAGCUGCUGCUUUGAACUAAGCAAAAUCGUGGGACGACGAUGAUGCUCCAGACAGCACUGGCCUGGACAGGACUUUGGGGAUCAUCUAUGUCAGCCUUUUGCUCUGAAAGAGAAAUGGUUUGUCUGGAGACAUUUAUUUAGACUAUACACAUACUACCUACUGAAGGAUAUUUCAUCUCUUCCCAAGUACAAAGAGGACUAUCAGACUGAACAGAGUCCAGGAGAGAAACACCAGAAGGCUUUGGAAGCUUGAGCACAUGCAGGAGUCACUGAAGAAGCUGAGUUUGCUUAGCCUUGGGAAGAGAAAGAUCUUGUGCAGGAAAAAGCAGAUGAAUGAUGAAUCACUUCAUGGUUCUGGUGGUACUGCUCUCUUCGAUGACCUGUUCCGCUACAUACUCAGAGAAAGAAUCCUUUGUGUUUCCAGUAACAUAUGUUAACAUUUCCAAGGAUCUGGUGCUUCAGCAGCUGUUGGUGGAAUGGGAUGUUGACAAGUCAGCACGUGAGGCUGAACUGGCAAUGUCUUUUGAAAUACAAGUCCAUCGAACAGAUGUAGCUAUUACAGUGUGGACAGAGUUCCUUAAUGUCACACUUGAUAAAUCAGGAAAGCCUCUUCAUUGGGUAUGGGAUUCAGACUUCCCUUUGGAGUGUAUGUCACACUCAGUGAGAAUCAGGAGCAGAGCAGAAGUAUCAAAUAUUUGGAGCCAGUGGAGUCUGUGGAAGACUGUCCUGGGCCUGGACACUUCAAAUAACCACGGACCACAAAUCUUUCCAAAUGAAAAGAUUGUAGAGGAAGGUUCUGACAUCAGCUUUUGUUGCAUUGGAAGGGAAGGUCAAAUUGUUAAGGAUUUCUUUCUAGUUCCAACUAUUCCUGCUUUUAAUCACACAAAUGGUCGACUUGGACUUCUCACUGUGAAAAAUGUCACACAUCACGAUUCGCCUCACAUCAUGGUCUACUGUCAAGAGUCUUGCAAUGAAAUGCAAUGCUAUGAUCAUGCAGGUUUUUUUGUUGGUAAACCACCUGAUACACCUCAUGAUUUUUCCUGCCAAACUCAAGACACAAGAACAGUAACCUGUACUUGGAGUCCAGGAGGAGACACCCAUCUUUAUGGACGUCAUUCACCAAAAUAUGUCUUGUCUGAUGAGUUUUCCCAAAACCCGAUUCUGUGCACUGUAAGUUGUUCUGAGCAGUGCUCAUGUUCUUGGGAUAUAGAACAGCAGAAGAUCUGUAAUAUCACACUGACUGUGGAAAACCCACUGGGAAAGAAAACUGCCACGGAUUCUUUUGAUGUAACUCACAGAAUUUAUCCCACUGCACCUUUCCAGUUAUGGGAAGAAUGCACAGAUACAGAGAUCACACUAUACUGGAAACUUCAAAACAUAGGAAUUGAACUCUUUUGUCAGACUGAAGUGCUCCAACCCAAUGGGAAAGUAGAAGUGCACAAUAGUUCAGCAGGGCAGCUUAGUUAUGGGAGUGUCACCCUGAGGGGACUGCAGCCAUACACUGAAUACACAGCCAGAGUACACUGUGGGGCAGCUCAGGAUUUCUGGAGGUGGAGUGAAUGGAGUGAAGCCCAAACCAUCAGAACAAAGGAAGCAGCUCCAUCAGGGACACUGGACAUCUGGAGAGAAAUUAAACCAGUGCUGGGGGGCCGGAAUGUGACCUUGUUCUGGAAGCAAGCACCAGAGUUUCAAGCAAAUGGAAAAAUUAUUUCAUACGAAGUAACCUGGAGAAAAGUAGAAGAUGCCUCUGAGCCUGAAAGCAUAUCCCUUUUGUCAGUCUACAACAGCACAAGGAUUUUCAUUGAUAGCCAUUCCUACAGAAUCAGUAUCGUGGCAAAGAACAAUGUUAAUUAUUCACUUCCUUCAGUCUUGAUCAUCCCAACAGGCACUGAAGAAGAUCGCAGUGGUUCAGAGCUUGAGGAAGAAUGGGUUAAUGGUACAGAUGAUGGCAUUUUUAUUUCCUGGGAGCCCAGACAUAUUUAUGACAGUUACAUUAUCGACUGGUGCAACGUUCCAGCCUUGCGGCCUUGUGAUUUCCAGUGGAAGAGUUUUGGGGCAAACGCUUCCAGUGCUCUGAUCAGCUCAGCUGCUUUUGUUCCGGGGGUGAGAUACAACUUCCACAUUUAUGGAUCUGUUGCUAAUAGAGCCACCUUACUGGAAAAGAAGACUGGUUAUUUCAAGGAGCUACCUCCUCUGUUUGACCCUGUUGUGGAGAACAUUGAACUGACUUUCAAUGCAGUAACACUGUAUUGGGAUUCUUAUCCCACAAAUGAAUCACAGCCUGGCUUUUUAAGAGGCUACCACGUUUAUGUAUCACCUUUACAAGAGGACUGCAGUUUGGAAGGAUCCAAAAAACAUGUUCUUCCAGACAAUUCAGUGCUAUGUAAAUACUCAAUUGACAACCCAGAAGAGAAGAGAUACACUGUGAAACAUCUGUUGUCAAACACGAAAUACAAACUAGUGGUUAAAGCAUACACAGGUGGAGGAGAAAAUCCAAUUGUUAACUUUAGAUACAUAGAUACACCAUUUAACUUAAACAUCCUGUACCUUCUAAUUCUGCUAGUGAUAAUUCCAACACUAGCAGCAGCUAUAUGCCUCUGGAAGAUUAAGUGGGUGCAGGAGUGCUGCUGUCCUGUAAUACCUCAUCCUAACAAGAGCAGAGUGCUGUCAUUCAAAGAGUUUAAUAUUGGUUCUGAGAAAGUGUUGAAGAUAAGUGACUGCAUUCCUGACAUGCUAGUAGUGGAUAGUAAGGCUGAAGCCCAGAAAUUGCAUCCAUGGAGCCCGUUGUCUUCAACAUCAACAGCAGAGAAGAUUGAUGGUCACAGUUCUUCCUGGAUUUAUGCUAAAGAAAAUGAAGAGAGAGACUUUACACCUACACCCCAGACUCAUACUUGGUUUGCAAAUUUUGCCUAUUCUUCUCAUCUUGCCGUUGACUCAGACUCCUAUCAAAUACCAGAGACACUAGAGGCAAGCAAACCAAAACUGUCACUAGUGUUGUACCAGCCACACUACUAUGAUAUUUUUAAUGAAGAUGCUGCCUCAACACCCAGAGAAACAUCUGGCAGAAAGGCCAGUCUCAAAUAUAUUUCACAAACGCCUGUGCACUGCCUAGGGAGGAGACUUUGAUGGAUGCUCUUCCAUUGAGCCUGUCCUGUGUUUAGUUACACAAUAUAAAUAAGGGUUCCUAAAACCUUAACUUCUUCUGAUGAAGGCUUUCACAGAUGCAACUACCCUAUUCCUGUUAAUGCUGCAAAGCUCUUGAUUCAGAACUAGUUUAGAAAUAAUGACUUCUGCGUAGGAAUGACGUGUGCUGUGGUUUCAUUCCAAGCUAUGGGCCCCAUAUGAGAUUUACAGGAUGUUUUGCAGUCUGUAUUACAUAGCAGGAUAGAUGGAUCCACAGGAGUUGCUCAUAGCCUCAUGCAAAAAAAUACGCUGUUUUGCAGAAAUUAAAAAUCAAUUCAGAAAAUAAAGGGGCAAGUUAAAAAAGACAUCAGGGGUUUGUACUCAAGGAGUCUACUUCACUUGCUGUAUUCUGUGGUUUUCUACCCACUUGUGCCACCCCUAACCCAUGUGUGUUGUGCAGUUGUGCAUGGAGCAUUACCAAGCUCCAGAGUCUGCCCCAGCCCAGUGGCACCAGUGGGAUGAGUUGUAUUUUUUCUCUCUUAAAUGGUGUAAGGAGUCAACAUGGAAGGGUCACCUGCAUUCGGUGUGGUGCAUGUCUGAAAGAUCUGGGUGUCCUGCCCUGUGCACUAGAAUUAAAUGGUCUCUUGCUUUUACUUUAGCGAUCUUCUACCUACCACUGGUGGGCGACAGAGCACAGAAAACACAUUUCUGUAGUACCUGUCCCUGUUAGUGGGUUGUCACUCACAUUUCAGACAAACGGGGUCCUGACACUUCUGACUUCUCUGCUUGAAGGAAUGUUAAACUAUGUUCCAAAUGUUAAAUAAAAUCCUCCUAAGUAAACAAGAAAUGCCAGGAAUUAAGUGAAAAGGAGUUUUUUCAGCAGCUGUUUGCAGAGGUGUUGCCAUGGCAUUGUGUCUGCUUUUGCUCAUGAAUUUAAUUCUUUUGGUCUUAGCCCUCCUAUUACCUAGCAAACUCCAAGCAGCCAGGUAAGCAGACAUGGGAGCCAGGUGUUAGGUGUAUGAAUCCCAUUUCUGAAGAACAUUAUAUCCAGGCUGUGUAUCAGAUAGAUCUUUCAUGACUGCUUCGGCAUGUAUAUAAAAAAGGGUUUUUAUUGCAAUGCUCAGAAUUCCUUCCAGUAAGCAGCAGCUAAUUUGGUCUUUCAUUUUGAUUUUAAAAAUUGCAUACCUGUAACGAAGCAAGAUAUUUGGAAUUGUGUCUGAUUAACCUCCUUAGUGCACAAGGAAACCUUUGGUUUUGCUUAAUUAUGUUACUAUCUGGAAUCUUUC